GUUUUCGUCAACAAGCGCAUCUUCUCAAAUGCUUCUCUCAAGCACGCUCAAGUCACUUUCGCCGCUUUCCACUUCGCCGUCACUUUCACCCUUCUGUACGCUCUUUCUCGGACCUCGAUCCCAAUCUUCCAGGCAAAACGCAUCGACUCAUACUUGGUGGUGCCACUCGCUCUGGCCAUGAUUUUCAACGUCGUCCUGCCAAAUGCGUCGCUCGCGAAUUCCAGCAUUCAGUUUUACCAAGUCGCUCGCGUACUCCUCACGCCUUGCGUCGCGACACUGAACUACGUCCUGUACCAGGCCAAAAUCCCAAGAUAUGCUGCGUUGAUGCUGGUUCCGGUGUGUGUUGGGGUAGCCGUGGUAUCGUAUUUCGACACACAGCCUACUGGAGAGGCGAACAUGCAAGGCACGAAUUCUUGGGGCGUUCUAUUCGCUUUCACUGGUGUCUUCGCCAGCUCCAUCUAUACGGUCUGGAUCGCAAAGUACCACAAGACGCUCGAGUGCACAAGCGUCCAACUCCUGAUGAAUCAAGCACCGAUGAGCGUGUUGAUCCUGCUGUAUGUGAUUCCCUUCUCGGAUGAUGUGACGGUCUGGAGAAGCACCGAGUCUCAUUCAUGGUAUUUGAUAUUGCUGAGCGGUCUCCUGGCAUGUCUCAUCAAUCUGUCCCAAUUCGUGAUCAUCAAUGAAGCUGGGCCUGUCAGCAGUACCGUUGUUGGUCACUUCAAGACUUGCGCUAUCGUUGCUAUGGGCUGGAUCAUAUCCAGAAAACCGCUCAAAGAUGGAAGCCUGGUUGGAGUUGUACUUGCUGUGGGAGGGAUCAUUGCGUAA